AUGCUGCUCCCAUGCACAAACCCACCACUGGGCGACGGCGUGGGUGAAGGAGGAGGUGGUGAUGAACCAGGCCCGCCGGCUGGAGGAGGUGGUGAUGAACCAGGCCCGCCGGCUGGAGGAGUAGAUGAAGGAGAUGGUGCAGUCGUCGAAGGUGGAGACGGACCGGGUGAUCCCUCCGGCGAAGGAGGCGCAGGUGGUGAGAUAGCCGGGCCUGGGCUCAGUGAAGGAGUGGCCGCUGGUGGAGGUGACGAUACCGGCGAGGUAGUCGGGGAUGGUGAACUUGAGGUAGUCGGGGACGGCGAAAUUGAGGUAGUUGGGGAUGGCGAAAUUGAGGUCGGUGGGGUUGCCAUAGUUGUUGGGGGAGUGGCGGUGGGGGGCGUUGCGGUGGAGGGGGGAGACGCUGGAGAGGUGGAGGGGGACUGA